GCGAGGCGGCGCUGCAGCUGCUGUGCCGCGCGGACGGGGACCCGCUGUGCGCCGCCUGUCGCAUGGCCGCCGGCCCGGAGCCGCCCGAGUGGGAGCCGCGGUGGAGGAAGGCGCUGCGCGGCAAGGAGAAUAAGGGGUCCGUGGAAAUCAUGAGGAAGGACUUAAACGAUGCCCGGGACCUGCAUGGGCAGGCAGAGUCAGCGGCUGCUGUGUGGAAGGGCCAUGUUAUGGACCGAAGAAAGAAGGCCCUGACCGACUACAAGAAGCUGCGGGCUUUUUUUGCGGAAGAGGAGGAGCACUUUUUGCAGGAGGCUGAGAAGGAUGAGGGCACCUCCGAGGACGAUGAGCAAGCUGACCCAGCAGAGCGCUUCCGGUCCCUGUUGCAGGCUGUGUCAGAGCUGGAGAAGAAGCACCGCAACUUGGGCCUCAGCAUGCUGCUGCAGUGAUAGUCCUGACCCAGCAGGCUGGCCCCUGAAGCUCGAGACAGAAGGAACCACAGUCCACAGCUGGCCUGCAGCAGCCUUGCCUGCACCUCUCAGGCCCCCUCUGCCUGACAUCACCCUCCAUCCUGGCUGGAUCCCUAUCUCCUUCCGUCAGCACAGACAGCACAUUGGCCCGGGGUGAGGCCCGGGAUGGAGCAUCACAGGUGCCCCUGCCUUUGGUCAUCCACAUAGUUCCAUGUCUCAGCAGAGUGUUUUUGGUUUUCUUCAGGGCGUGAAUGCUCAGGGCUGUACCAGUCCCUACCAGAGACUAGUCCUGGGACUCCUUCCCUGUGCAUCCCAGCCCUGUCUGAACCUGCAUCGCACGGUUCCAAAGCCCUGGUUCUUGUCUAGCUGAGGCUCAGGACUUGGAGUGUUGGGAUGUUGCUGUGUUAUCAAGGGAACCAGCCCCUGAACCUUCCCAAGGUGCCCAAGAUUUGAUUGGUCCAUCAGAUGUUCCCUCACAGCAGGAGAUCCCUCAGCAAGGUCCCAGCAUGCCAGUUACAGUCAGAUUUGGGGCUACUGCCAGGGAAAGGAGAUGCAUGAGGUAUGGCUGGACUUGACUCUUGAGAAAUUGGAGCAUUUUGGGCCCUCUAGAGGGUGUCUCCUUGGGUCUUGCUGUACCACGUCCUGGUAGCUCUGUCCUCUCUUUUCCUCCCAUCCCUGGAAUGUCUUUCUUCUCUCAUCAGAGGGACCCUCUGUGCAGAAGAGAGGUAAGCGCAACGUCUCUAGGUCUCCAGGCCGGCCGUGGGUCUCCAGGUUGGCUGGUGCUUCACCUUGCUCUACCUGUGGCUUUUUCUCCCCUCAUAUUUCCUCCAGUAGGUGAAUUUCACAAACCUUGUGACGUAGCAGUAGCAUGGUUGCCUGCAGCGUAGUGUGUAUAGAUAUCUAGUCCAGGAAACCAAACCCAGCAGAGUGAACAGAAGCAGGUCAGGGGUCGAAGAGGUGGACCUAUUUAGGAGUCUCGCUCCCCAAGUAUGUUGUUGUGGGGAUAAUGCAACAGUGGAUGACCAUUUCUGUCCUUAGAAGGCCUUGGCCUUGGGUGUAGUGACUGAAUCUAGCUCAACUCCUGGGUGGGCUGGGUUCUCAGUGCUGAAUAAAGUGGUUUACUCCAGCCUGUCUGCUUCA